AUGUCAAAAAUUCCCGGCACAUGGCUUGCUAUAUUUGUGCAAUACAUUAACACAUCAACAGAGUUUAAAGUAUUGACAUCAAUCGUAAGAAGCACAAAGGAUACAAAGGCUUGCAUAAAUAAAAUUUUGCCAUAUGAAGAAAAAGGUAUGACGAACCAAAUUUGUCAAGGAUAA